UCUAUAUGCGUCAUGCUUCACGUGUUUAAUGUGAUAAUUAUUUGGAUGUGUAAACAUUCUGUGCCUCAUGCGUCUUAAAAUGUGAUGACAUAGAUGGUAAACUAUGUUGCUAUGCUGUCAUUGGUGCUGCGGGGCACACAGGUGUUAUGCUGUCCAUGGUGCAGCGGGGCACACAAGUGCUAUCCUGUCCAUGGUGCAGCGGGGCACACAAGUGCUAUCCUGUCCAUGGUGCAGCGGGCCACACAGGUGCUAUGCUGUCCAUGGUGCAGCGGGCCACACAGGUGCUAUGCUGUCCAUGGUGCAGCAGGCCACGCAGGUGCUAUGCUGUCCAUGGUACAGCAGGCCACACAGGUGCUACCUAGCCCCCUCAGCGUGCUAGGUAGCCCCAACGUAGCAGUACAGUUAACACCACCAAGGUCACCGUGCCUCUGGCGUACCUGGCAACCAGUGUGUACCGCCCCUGGUGCAGGUGAAGCUCUCGUCUCAACACUCACCUUUACCAGCGGUAAAGGAAGUAGUUCUCGGGAAGGUGUGAACGUCGAGGGUUCCCGGGAGCUCCACUGUUGCCUCCUCUGACCAUUUACUCCCCGUAGUAAACAAACACAAUGGCGGAGGACCUGAGCUUGCAGACGUACACGGUUCAGCUGGAACAGGUGGAGGCAGCACUGACCUCUGACCCUACUAAUGCAGAGUUACUAAAGCUGAAGAGCGACUUGCAAGAGGUGAUCAAUCUCACCAAAAACCUCAUUGAUACACAAGCCAAUUCAGCAACAAGUACAUCUAAUCUAAGCUCCAAAGAGAGCAGCAGUGAACCAGCACCCAUCAGAGCAUGGAAAGUUGGCGAUGAAUGCAUGGCCAUUUGGUCUGAAGACUCCCAAUGGUAUGAUGCAGUUAUUGAUGCAAUAACAGAUGACGGUCUUGUGGCUGUCAGUUUUGAGGGGUAUGGGAAUUCUGAUGUUACAAAGCUUUCCAUGCUUAAAGAGCGAAUUCCUGGAGAGAAGCGAGGUCAACACCAUCUUGGCUUUGCAUCAGAAUCUGAAAAAAAUAAGAGAAAACUAUUAGAAGCCCAACGUCAGCAAGCAAAGAAACGAAAACAGCGGAAGCAUGAUAGGCUAAAGCAGAUAGAGGAAGCCCAUGAGGCUGAUAAGGCAAAGUGGCAAGCAUUUUCAACCAAAGUUAGAGGGACAAAAAAGCUGAAGGGAGUGACAAAGAAAUCCAUUUUUGCAACACCUGAUGCAGCCAAUGGAAGAGUGGGCAUUGGCACCUGCGGUAUUGGAGGAAAGCCGAUGACAGAAUACACACAUGCAGAAAAGUGGCGAAAAGGGACCUAAGAUGUGAAACUCCCAGACAUUCAGUAUAUUUUUAAUGGGGGACAAAAAACAUUUAGUGAAAGUACUAUUAUUUUUUAUUUUGAUUACAAGUUUUGAAAGUUGGUCAAAGUUAGAAUGGGCCUCUUCAUCUUUUAGUUCAUUUCAUGUCAAUAUUGAACAAUUUUAGUAUUUUCAUCAAUAAGAGUGUUGAAUAGACAUAAUUUGAGAGUGAAUAAAAUUAGGAUUGAGACUUGACAUGCGCAACGGCCAUACAGCUGACGAGUCGGUUGCUUCACGGCCACACAGCUGACAAGUCAGUUGCUUCACGGCCACACAGCUGACGAGUCAGUUGCUUCACGGCCACACAGCUGACGAGUCAGUUGCUUCACGGCCACACAGCUGACGAGUCAGUUGCUUCACGGCCACACAGCUGACGAGUCAGUUGCUUCUCGGCCACACAGCUGACGAGUCAGUUGCUUCACGGCCACACAGCUGACGAGUCAGUUGCUUCACGGCCACACAGCUGACGAGUCGGUUGCUUCACGGCCACACGGCUGACGAGUCAAUUGGUGGUUCUGUAGGAAGCUGGCUCAUAAAUCGGUUGGCGGUGAAAUACCUGUGUAUCGUUUUAUUGGGGAAAAUAUAGACAAACUGUUACCAGAUUAAUUGUGUGUCUGAAACUUUUUAAUUUUUAACCAGAAUACUAUCCUGGUGAACUUGUAAUUUUUUCUAACUCUGUUAGUUUAUUUUAGUUGACUAUGAAUUAGUGUUUUGUUUUCUAAAUCUACAUAAUAUUCCUUGUGAAGUCUUCCCAGCUUUUCUUGAUGGUCACCUUACAUUAACUCUCCUUGUUUCUUUUCAUAUUUAAACUAUUGACUUGUUCAUAAUGCCACCAUAGGACUCUUAUCUUAUGUCACCCUCUAGUCUUUGUGACUUGUCCCCACAAAUAAAGUUCUUUACUCUCCCAGAUAUGUAAACUAAACAAAGUCCAAUCAAUAUAUUUUCAGCCCAUCUUGCUGAGUCAGGGUUUAUGUAUUAGGGUUUCAUUGCCUGUAUACUUGUUUAUUGCUGAUUAUUUAAUUAUACAAAAUUUGUAAUUAUAUAGCUUUAAGAGCAUCACCAAAAACACUGUAGAUAUAUUUAACUUUUUCUUUAUUGGGGCGGCACAAAAUAAUCAUGAAUGGUUAGUAGCCUAACCUGGCAGUGUUUGUCUCUUGUUCAUAAUCAUUGCUGAGACUACAAGCAUUUAUUUUUACCAUUAGGUGUAAGUAUCUUAUUUUAGAAAUGUUUUUGUAAUUAUCUAUUGAUUAUAUACUUACAUUAAGACAAGUACAGGUAGGUAGAGUUUCUCUAUUAUUGUAUGUAAUAAGCAGCUUUUCUUAUUUUCCCAUGCAGAUACCCUGUGGAAUAUAAAAUAAAUGGUUUCUUACCUUUUCCUUGA